AUGGUAGCUAAAGGUUUAAUCUGUGGGGGAGUUAGGCGCAGGAUUGGAAAUGGCAAAUCAACCUUGAUUUGGGACCACCCGUGGUUGCAUGAUGAAAAUCAGCAAAGAAUAUUAACUGAGAAGCCGCCUCAAUUGGCACAGGAAAAAGUCGUGGGGUUGAUGGAUCAACACACUGGAACAUGGGAUCAGGAAAUUCUAACAGAUAUUUUCAUACCUCAAGAUGUGGAGCAAAUUUUAAAAAUACCUGUGUCUCCUGAUUACGAAGAUAUGUGGUACUGGUAUGGAGACCCAAGAGGAGAAUAUUCUGUUAAAGAGGGAUAUAAAGCAGUAAUGGGCAACUACUCGCAACCGGCGGGAACAUUUGAUAAAUGGAACAAAUUAUGGAGCCUAAAAGUCCCCCCAAAAUGGAAAACAUUUUUAUGGAGAGCUCUAAAUGAUAUUUUACCCACUACAGAGAACUUACUUAUAAAGAGAGUAGAUAUUGAUCCAACUUGUGCAAUGUGUGGAGUUGAGCAUGAGAAUCUUGUGCAUUCUUUAAUCACAUGUGGUUAUACGGCGAACAUUUGGGCACAAUCUAACCUUCCAAUCCCCAAUAAUGUCACAAAUAUUUUCAGUGAUUGGUUUAAUGAUUUGAUCAAUAUUUUAGAUGAUGAUGGGAUUAUUUAUGCAGUGGCCCUCUUAUAUUACGUAUGUCGAACAAGAAAUGGAGCUGUUUGGGAGGCAAAUUUGCCCAGACCCCGAAAGGUAGUAGCAAUGGCCAUGUCGCCUUUGAAUGCAUGGAAGGUAGCACACCCCGUGCGACACACCCCGCCAACCAACCCCCCGGAGCCCCCUACCGGUGGCAUGCCGGCAGCGCCCAGCCGAACUCCACCGCCAGUACGCACGCCGAGGGGACACGACGCAACCUUGCUGCCAAUGCCGCAAACAAUUGCACCAAUGAUACAACACCAUGCUAUGCAAGACUCGAGGGAUCAAUGUUAUUUCGAUGCGGCUUACGACCCGCGAACAAACAAGGCAACGGUGGGGGCUGUUAUUCUGAAUUCACAAGGAAGUUACGUGUCAGCUAUGACUGCUCCUAUCAUAGACUGUUUUUCGCCCCUAAUGGCGGAGGCUUUUGCAUGCAAGGAAGUAUUGUCAUGGCUAAGAAAUCGAGGAAUGCAAUCAAUCGAUCUCUACACGGAUUGUUUGGUGCUCAAACAGUAUCUUUCAGCUACAACGCACUCAUCUCGGUCUUACUUGGGCUAUGCCAUUGAUAGUUGUAGAUCGGAUUUAUUAUCUUUUGAUUACUGCUUGAUUCAUUAUAUUCCUAGAUUAGACAAUUAUUUAGCGCAUAUAUUAGCAUCUACUGCGUUUAAUCAGCAGACUACUAUGUAUGCGGACUUUGAACCGCCCCACUCUAUUUCAGCAUAUUUCGAAUAA